AUGGACCUGCCAGCAGAGGGCGAUGUAGCGCAGCUCAAGAUCUCUCGCUUUGACCAGCAGUCCUUGAGCUCAGCAGAUAUGCGUGAGUCUGUGUGGAUUGAGAUAACUCAGACCUCCAUGGACACUGGUGAGCCCACGUCUCUCUCACGUCCGGUGCCUGAAGACGGGAUUGUCCGCGUGAGCUUCAGAUUACAGGCUGAAGUAGAGGCGCUUUUUAUUCAGGCAAGAUUCCACUCCAGCGUUGUUGCUAUAAAUCUCUCCAGAAUUCACCCAUCUCCAAGUGCUUCCUAUAUCCAGAUCUCUCCAAUAACUCCCACACAGAUAGGAUCACCUGUUCAGAUCACCUUGGAGAGCUCAGUCGAGCCUAAACUGCUUCACUACGUGGUGAAAUCCAGGGGGCAGGUUGUGGCUGCUGGGACAAAGACAUUUGGUUCUUUCUCUCUGACUCCCACAGCAGCCUGGGUCCCUCAGGCCUGUGUGACUGUCUACUGUGUCCUCGCUAACGGGGAGAUCAUGAGUGACACCGCAGAUCUUCUGGUCAAACAGCAAGAGAUCUCUCUCAACUGGAGCAGUAAGGCAGCCCAGCCAGGGGAGCAGGUGACCAUCAGUGUCACUGGGCCUGACAGUGGCUCUCUGGUGGGCAUCGUCAUCAUGGGCAUGCACGACUCUGCUCCAGAGGUUUCCACACACUUUGAAGUGGAACAGGAAUGUUUUGUUCGGAUGUUGACAAAUGGGAAAUUGUAUAAAACCCAGUCAUUUGAUGGCUCUACCCAAGAUAUGAUAGAGAAAUACUGGUACCAUUUUAUGGAUGGAGCUGAAUCUCUGAUGUGGUUAGAUGCAACAAUGGGUGAUACUACGUGGACGAGUGAGAAAAUAACAGUACCAGAUGGUGUGAACUCCCUCAGAGCUGCAGCUUUCGUCAUGUCACAAAAACACGGACUGGGCUUCACAUCACAGAAAGUAAAUAUUAUUAACUAUAUUUUUUAA